CCCCAACAAUAGAGUGGUACGUACCAUUAUCACCGACCUCAAUAGGGAUGCUUUAACGCGAAUAAACCUAAUUUCUGCACUUAUUAUUCGGGAUAGCAAAUCCCACGUCGCAUAUUGAUAAAACCGACGCGGGUUUUAUGUUACCAAUCGUCCUGUUAGUAUCACCGGACCGGGUUUAGUGCCAAUUUCACCAACAUCUAUCCGGAGAAUCCCUUUGGAAAAAAAGUGGCUGGAUUCUCCUCCGCCGCCGCCUCUUCCAGCAGGAGUACAUUUGAUAUCAGAGACACUUCAACCAUGGAUCCGAGCCGGGGAUUUAAAUUCUUGGACACGGUGGCACGCCGUGCUGCUCAGUAAGGAUGGAAAGAAAAUAAAGAGGAAUUUUAACAAACGCAUCAGGUAGCGCCGUCGCAGCAGAAGGAUGCCGCUGGUGAAGCGCACCAUCGAGCCCAGGCACCUGUGCCACACGGUGCUGCCCAGGAACAUCAAGAACGAGCUGGAGUGUGUGACUAACAUCUCCCUGGCCAACGUCAUCCGCCAGCUCAGCAGCCUCAGUAAAUAUGCAGAGGACCUGUUCGGGGAGCUGUUCAAUGAGGCCCACUCCUUCUCGUUCCGGGUCAACUCCCUCCAGGAGAGAGUGGACCGCCUCUCCAUCAGCGUCACACAGCUGGACCCCAAAGAGGAGGAAUUGUCUCUACAAGACAUUACCAUGAGGAAGGCCUUCAGGAGUUCAACAAUUCAGGACCAGCAGCUGUUUGACCGCACGUCUCUGCCCGUCCCGCUGCAGGAGACCUUCCACACCUGCGAGCAGCCGCCACCCCUCAACAUCCUCACCCCCUACAGGGAUGAUGGAAAGGAAGGUCUCAAGUUCUACACAAAUCCCUCCUACUUCUUUGACCUGUGGAGAGAAAAGAUGCUGCAGGACACAGAAGACAAGAGGAAGGAGAGGCGGAAACAGAAGCUGGAAUUGCCUUAUCAUGUGUGUCCCAAGAGCCUUAUAAGAGUCCUCUCUGAAACCCCUCCUCCCUUCCCUACUCCCCCAGAGUUGCAGGACCCCCGCAUGUAUGAUCAGGUCUAUAGGUACUUAGACCUUCCAGGGCAGCUGAAGGCGAUAGACCGUCCACCGGAGCCGGAGAAGAUACCGCGGGCGCCUCACGACCGCAAGAAGGAGUGGCAGAAACUGGCGCUGGGUGCCGAGCUCGCCCAGGACAUACCCGAAGACAAACACAGAGAGGCCAACGGAUCGGCAGGUUACCACGACAACAGGGCUCCCUUGUACAUGGAUCAUUUGGACGGGCACUUCUCUCUGGCAGCGCUGCCCUACAGCCAGAUGAACGAGCUGCUGAACCGCACCGGGGACAGCAGAAUGUAUUCCCGACCCCACGACCCUCCACCGCCGCCGCCUCCCAUGCACCCACUGGGAGAGAUCAAGCCACCCUCUGUGAUCAGCUCCAGUUCAGGUUUCUCCGACAGCAGACCCCAGUCUCCAGCGCGGACGGCAGGCUUCAACUCCAACACUCCUCCGCCGCCGCCUCCCCCUCUCCCCCCUCCCCCUCCCCCGUUACCCUCCACAGGCAUGCGUGGCACCCCUCCGCCUCCUAUACCUCCUCUACCAGUCCAGCAGCACCCCCCGGCCAUUCCUCCUCCCCCCGCUCCCCUCCAGAUAGCCCCGGGGGUGCUCCACCCGGCCCCUCCGCCCGUGGCGCCCCCCCUCCACUCCUCGUCCCCGGCCCGUCUCCAGCAGGUCCUGGACAAGGGCCCGUCCAUGGGCUCCGGGACUCAGUCGGACGGCACCAUCCUGCCCCCUCCGCCACCGCCGCCUCCCCUGCCGCUCCCCGGAGCGAGGAGCUCGUCCCCCUGUCCGUCAGGCCCGCCGCCUGUGCCGGCCUUCCCCUCAGCAGGAGCCAUGGCCUCCCCGCCGCCCCACACCUUGCACGAUGUGGGGACCAAGAGGCACCAUCCAGCCAAUCUGCCACCCAUCAGCGAUGCACGCAGCGUCCUGUUGGAGGCCAUCAGAAAGGGCAUACAGCUGCGGAAAGUGGAGGAGCAGCGAGAGCAAGAGGCUAAGCACGAGCGCGUCGGCAACGACGUGGCCACCAUCCUGUCGCGGCGCAUCGCUGUGGAGUACUCGGACUCCGAGGACGAGUCCGAGUUUGACGAAGGAGACUGGAUGGAGUGAUGGCGGCGAGGGGACAGACGGAGCAGUGGGAGAGGACAAACGCGUUCACCAACAACCCCCGUGCGCUCCACACCUUCGCCAUCGAAGAAGAGAAACUGCCCACCUUUCCUCUGUCGAGCCUUUUUAUCUCGUCAUAUCUCUGUCUCGUUGUGGUUCGUGCUGGGUGGAGACUCUCCGCGUCGCCCUCGUCCGUCUUUCUAGUGUUUCCCGGAGAUUUUUUUUUCUUUCCUGCACUACCACCCAACCUUGUUUCUGCUGGAUUUCCUGUGAUGAAGUCCCUUAUGUUUACUAUUGUUAUACAUGAAAACACAUUUUUUUCGAAGAGCCACUUGUUCUGUUCUUACCUGUACAUUGAUGUUUAAAAAAAAAAAAAAGAAGAAGAAGAAGAGAAAAGGAAAAAAUGAAGGCAUGUUGUGUCUGUCUUAAGUUCUCCGACAUAGUUUUGCCACCUGGUGGCUGAACGUGGCAUUGUGUGAAUGCUGCUUUAUUUUAUCGUAUUUUAUUUGCUUUUUACCGAUUCCCAGUUUUAACAGGCCAGUCGUUUCUAAUACUGACCGCUAUGUGAACAGUCUGGAGCAGCAGCUGGGUUGUCCUUCGUCCCGCCUACCCCACCCCACUUCUUGUUAUCAGGACUGACUUUACCACUAAAAAACUAAGCAAAAGAUUGUGUUGCUGUGUCAUGUGAUGAUUGGUGUAUGGUUGAAAUGAAGAUUGGCUGCUUUGGCCGACGUGUGUGCUUAUCCAUCCACUUAUAGUUGACCUUUACCCCAGGGAGAUGUACGCCGAGAGAAUGCGCCUGUCUGUGUGUCCGGGUUCAGAUGAGCCACUUCCGCUCACGUUGACAUUGGGAGAUGUCAAAGAGAAACACCAAGCCAUGGAUUUUACUUAAAUACUCCGAUUUCUUUUUUUCUUUCCUCACUACUUGCCACAGAAAUGGACAUUUGAAGUGGUCUGAUGCACUUCAGGAUACCUGCCCGUCUCAUUGCCCCCCGAUACAGAGAAUAGAGUUUGAGAACAAACAAAAUGAGAAUCCGACCAACACCAGGUGCAAACAACAUCACUGAAGGCAGCUUUUCCCUUCCUUGCUGACGAGAAGCAUUACCUCGUCCGGUACUACAGCAGCUGUUAUUCAGAAGAAUAAAUCGUCCACCUAAAAAAAAAAUAUUAAAAAGGAGACAUUCACGCCUUGAUUUUGAAGAAACUGUCUGCCAUCCUUUUCCGUUCGUUUUUUUUUUUUUUUCUACUUGCCUUAUUGUUCGUACAAAACGUAUCGUUGAGUUGAUGAAUGUAUUGUGCUGUUACUACUUACUUGCCUGCGCUUGUAUGGAUUUGCUGUUUCUAUGUGUGUGGGUGGGUGGGGGGGAGUAAAAUGGACGGGGAGGGAUGGGUGGAGGCAGAAACCCUGGUUUCAAAAAAUAAAAGAUUAGAUCAAUACUGUAUACCAUGUAACUUAUGUAACUGUUGACUGUAACAGUUUGCUUGAAUUAAUAAAAAUCUAAUGUUAUGUUUCAGCUCAACCUG